AUGUGUCGCGCUCUCCUGCUCUUUGCUGUCGCCCUGACAGUGCAAGUGUGCGGAUGCAUGGCGUACGUCGGUGUGGCUGACGGGUUUAGCGUCGAGAUCAUCCACCGGGACUCUGUCAAGUCUCCGUACCACGACCCAGCGCUCACCGCGCACGAGCGCGUGCUCGCUGCCGUCCGGCGGUCCACGGCACGCGCCGCGGCUCUUGCGCGUUCCUACGUCGGCGGCGAAGGCGCUGUGUCCGAGGUCGUGUCGAGGCCAUUCGAGUACCUAAUGGCCGUCAACGUCGGCACGCCACCUAGCCGGAUACUCGCCAUCGCCGACACCGGCAGCGACCUCGUCUGGUUCAAAUGCAAACCUCCGACAGCAGCCACCGGGGCUGCGCCGCCGAGCACCGUGUUCGACCCGUCCUCCUCGUCGACGUUCGGCCGCGUGGGCUGCAACUCCAGCGCUUGCCACGCGCUCUCCAGAACCUCCUGCGACGCCAGCUCCAACUGCCAGUACCUCCUGUCCUACGGCGACGGUUCCCAGACGAGUGGCCUCCUCUCCACCGAGACUUUCACCUUCGAAAGCAUUCCCGGCGGCUGCUAUGGGUGCCGCGACAAUCCGAACGUGCUAGUGCCGAAUGUCAACUUCGGAUGCUCCACGUCAACGAACGGCACGUUGGUCGUCGACGCAAUCGUCGGACUCGGCGCCGGAAACAACUCCCUCAUCAACCAGCUCGGCGCCGAUACCUCCCUAGGCCGCAGGUUCUCCUACUGCUUAGUCCCCUACACCAUGAAGAACGCCUCCUCAGCGCUCAACUUUGGAGCCCGCGCCACCGUGACGGAGCCGGGCGCUGCCACCACGGCGCUAGUCCGCUCUGAUUUUGAAGCCUACUACACAGUCGAGCUCGAGUCCGUCAGGAUCGGGAACGCCUCCUUCCAGCACCUUUCCCGCGUCAUCGUCGAUUCCGGAACGCCGCUGACGUUCCUCGACAAGGAGCUUCUAGACCCCAUGGUGAAAGAGCUCACCCAGCGGAUCGGUCUGCCAACUGUGCAACCGCCGGAGAAGCGGCUGCAGCUUUGCUACGACGUGAGGGGGGUUUUGAGCCGGUAUUUGUUCAACAAGAACGUCCCGAACGUGACGCUGCAGCUUGCUGUCUUCGGCGUAGCAGUGACGCUGAAGGCUGAGAACACGUUCGUGGAGGCGCAGGAGGGGAUCAUGUGCUUGGCGAUGGCGCCGGUGACGGAGGACCGUCCGCGGUCCAUCCUCGGGAACCUUGCGCAGCAGAACAUGCACGUCGGCUACGACCUCGACAAGGGUAGGAUCACCUUCGCCCCUGCUGACUGCGCCAGCUCCUACAACUCCCCACCCGUGCAUGGUUGA